AAUAAUGAUAUGGAUUUAGAUGAAGUUCCAUUGUCAGUUACAUCAUUUGAAACAAAUACAUUAGCUGAAAAUUCAUCUCAUGCAAGUUUUAGUCAACAUGCACAAUUAAGAGAGGCAGCAAAUAGACACGUUACUCAAAAUU